AUGCCUUCAGCUAUGGUUGGCAACAAUCCUGUCCAGUCAGCCACUUCAGAUUUUGGAAGUGGAAGUCAGUCUGAGGCCAUGAAGCAGGUUCUUGGUGUAGUUGACAAGAAGGUUCGCAACAUGGAGAAAAAAAAGUCGAAAUUAGAUGACUAUCAAGCAAAGAAAAUCAGAGGCGAAAAACUGAACCAUGAUCAAUUGGAGGCCUUGUCAAAGUACCAAGAGAUCCUCAACAACAUUGAAUUUGCUCGAGAGCUGCAGAAGAGCUUUCUGACGCUGGGCCAAGAAAUUCAGAAGGUGGUGAAGAAAACUGCAAGACGGGAACAGCUGCAGCGAGAGGAAAUGGAGCAAAGGCGGCUGAAGACUGUUUUGGAGCUGCAGUUUUUAUUAGACCAGUUGGGAGACGAUAAUGUCAGGCAGGACCUGAAGCGGCCUGACACCUCUGGCUCCUCUUUGCUCACCGAUGCUGAUCUUGCAUCUCUUGAUGAGUUCUACAAACUUGUGGGACCUGAUCGCAACUGUGACGUGAGGUUGACUGAACAAUAUGAAGAGGCCUCGCAGCACUUGUGGGAACUGCUGGAGGGCAAAGACAAAGCUGUGGCAGGAACUUCAUAUAAGUCACUGAAGGGCAUCAUGGACAAGUUGCUUCAAAGUGGCUACUUCGAUAGAGCUCAAAGUGGUCACAAUGGAACAUGUGAGGAGGAGGAGGAGGUGGAACAGUUGGGUGAGGAAGAUCAGGAAAAGCAAGCAGCGGUGGCUGAUUGUAAUGUGGAGGAGCAGCCAUCUCAACCUGAAGGAAAAGUUCCUGAAAAUCACCCCGAGCCGGUGCAAUUAGAAACCACAGAGUUUGUAAAUAGACAUUUUAUCCCGGAAAGCACUUACAGCAGCACUGAUACAGAACAUGUGGAGGAAUGGUCAGUGGACAUGCAGAUGGUGAAUUCCCUCCAGCACCAGCCACCUGCCCAGCUGCCACCAGAACAGAGUGUUGCUGUGAAUCACAUCAGAAUAUCUCCACCAACUGACCCGGUGGUCAGAAAGCAGGCGGUGCAAGAUCUUAUGGCUCAAAUGCAAGGGACAUACAACUUCAUGCAGGAUUCAGUGUUGGAUUUUGAUGGCCAGGCCCUGGAUCCGGCCAUUGUGGCGGCCCAGCCCAUGAAGCCUGUACAGACUGUGGACCUGCAACAGAUAGUCUGUGCGCCAUCAGCUCACGCUGAAUCCAGACUUUCUCAGAUUAGUGCGGUUACAGGACCAAAGGAACCUUCACUAGCUGCGAUGUCUCUGUCUUCUGAGCAGUCGUCUGCCUCUUGUUCCCUCUCUUCUGCCUUCCCACCUGCCUCUAAACCCACCCACACUGGAGGCAUAAAUGUCAAUGCUGCACCUUUCCAGUCAGUGCAAGCGGUAUUUAAUAUGGGUGCACCUGUGCCCCCUCCUGGUGGCCAAGCAGAUCCUUUAAAGCCGUCCAAGUUUUCUGGGAGCUAUGGGCAGAGUUUUGCUGGUCAGUCCGAGACUGCUGUGGACCAGCCCGACAUCCCGCAGGAGACAUUACAAUCUGUUGUUGCCGGGUUCCAGUCCCAAGCCCAGGUCUUGCCUUCAUCCGUUGUGCACGAUGACUCGUCACCCAAUUCAGGCUUUGGGCCGUCCAGCCAGCCUUUCUACAGCAGCAGAGGUGUGCCACGUGGUGGUGGCGGCGGUCCGAGGAAUAGCAGAGGUGCCAUGAACGGCUACCGAGGCUCCUCGAAUGGAUUUCGAGGAGGGUAUGAAGGUUACCGGCCUCCUUUUUCUAAUCCUCCCAGCAGUGGUUAUGGUCAAAGUCAGUUCAACACGGGGGCCAGGGACUACUCCAGUAACAACUACCAGAGGGAGGGCUACCAGCAAGGUUACAAACGGGGAGCAGCCCAGGGGCCUCGAGGAUUGGCCCGAGGUAAUGCUCAAGCAAUGCGAUCCUAA